AUGUCGUCGUCCUCGGCGGCCAACGGUCAAGCCAAUGGCGGGGCGCACACCAAGCCCAAGAAGCGCGUCAUUGUCGUCGGCGCUGGUGCAUCGGGCAUGUCGGCAUGCCACGCCUUUUCGCUCUCGCCCGACGAGUUCGAGGUGACGCUGUACGACAAGCAGUGCUCGCUGGGCGGCUCGGCCACCUCCUACCAGCUGCCCGACCCAGCCAAGUACCGCUCGCAAUACAUCAACGACGGCGUGCAGGGUGCCUCGCCCGUCUUCUACAACACGUUCAAAGUCUUCGAGCACGUGCUCGGCUUCAAGGCGCAGGAAGUGGGCAUGCAGAUCUCGUUCGGCAAGGGCAAGGAUACCUUCUGGAGCAACGUGUUUCCCUCGGAGCUCGUCGAAAAGUACGCUGCGGACAUCAAGAAGUUCGGCACGACGCUCAAGACGAUCAAGCGGUUCGAGGUUCUCUUCGCCGUGAUCCCCGUGCAUCGCAUGCUCAAGAUGUUUGGGUUCUCGGACGAGUUUGGCGAGCGCAUGGUGUACCCGCUCGUCGCGCUGUUCUUUGGGACGGGUAACGAUACCAAGCACAUCUCAUCGGCGAUCCUCGAGCGUGUUUUCCUCGAUCCGAGCAUGAGGUUGUUCGAGUUUUCAGAGGAUAGCCUGCUCGCGAGCGUUCCUACGAUGAUGGCGUUCCCCGAACUCGCACGUGUCUACGCCGCGUGGCACGACGAAGUCACCAAGAACGGCAAUGUGCGUGUCGAGGCCAGUCGCGAAGUGACGCACAUCGAGCGCAAUACCAAGGAAGCCCGCCGCCGAGGGGGUAACAUCCUGGUAACUUCGCGUCGCGUGGAUAAGGACGGCAAGCCACUGGCGACGGGCGAUGACGAGGAGCGGGUGGAGGUGUUUGACGAGCUGAUCCUGGCGUGUGAUGCGGAUACGUCGCUCAAGAUCCUGGGCAAGGCAGCUACGUGGAAGGAGCGCAAGAUCCUCGGCUCGAUUGUGUAUCGCUGGGACAUUACCACUACGCACAACGACUACGACUACAUGGACAAGCACUACCAGAUGACGUACGACGCCAAGUAUAACGCCAAGCAGCGCGACGACGAAGAGACCAAAAAGUCGUUCAAGUUUGCCGAGGAGAAUUGGAAGCCGCUGUAUCUGAUCAAGAUGUACGACGACGAUCCGGCGCUCAUCGAGAUGUCGUUCGACUUGACGAAUUAUCAGCCGCAAUUCAGCGGGUCUGGACCCACGGGGCCACGGGAUCGGGGCGCGAGGUCUCCUGACUCUGCACCGCCUCGUGAGCGUCAAGGCCCCAACGGUCGACAAGGCGAUUCGCAAGAAAAGCAGCUGUCGCAACUACCCUCCACCAACCCCGAGGAUCUCAAGGAUCCGCCCGUGCGAGACCACGUAUUCCAGACGAUCUUUUUGAACAAAGAGCUCGAGGAUAAAUGGACGCGCAACGAAAUCGGCAAGGACAAGGUGAUUCUCGAGAAAUGGUGGAAGCAGCAAUCGCAUCGCUGGACGCACUAUGCCUAUGUCGUCCCCUGGCUUUGGCUGAUCAACGGCGCCAACCACACGAAUUACUGCGGAGGAUGGACGCUCGUCAACAUGCAAGAGGUGGCUAUCGUUUCCGGCUACGCAGCGGCGGUUGCGAUUGGGGCAAAGUAUCCGUUCGAGGAGGAUAAGGAUUGCGCAAGGUUGUUCCAUCUGUACAAUGCACUGGCGCAUCUGAGCUUCAAGAACGCCAAAAAGGCCCUCAAGGGUUAG